AAUUUGGUGGGAAGUAGGACCCUGGAAAAACCGGACUUGACUGGGGACAGUGGAGUGUGUGUAGGUUUGAGAGGAGGGGGAGGGCGCACACACACACACAUACAUACACACACACACGCACAAUACAAUGUGUGACAGUCGGUGCCAUACACAGCACGAGUCAUGAAUGGCAGCCCUACAGGAGCAGGGCAGAGAAGAAGGACGAGAUUCACCUCAAAUAGAAGAAGAUGAUGACGUGACAGUCAUAAUAAAGUCACGUGUUCUGCUGCUGUAAUCUUGGAGAUACGCACUUAUGACCUCAAGAGCCUGUCUGGGAGAAAUCAACCUGUUGCAUUAGGACAAGAUGGACCCUCAUCUGGGGUGCAGACCCAUUUUUGUUAUCACAAGGAAUGAUAGAGCUUGAUUUUUCCAUUGGAGCCAUGUGGAGUUUCAAUCUAGCUACUCAGGAGUCUGAUUGAGCUGUUUAUGAAGUGAAGAACACAGACGAUGGGACAUCCAGCCAUAAAGACAUCUCCGACAGAAACGGAUCAAGUUAUGGAAGAAUAAUGGCGGAGAAGUUUAUUCCUAUGAUUUCGUCUGUCUCAAAUCAGCCCAAUCCAAAUUCUUCAACUGUCCCAUGGGAGCAACAUCCAACAGUUCCUUCCGACGUGGGCGUGGUCACGAGCUCCCAGUCGCAGCUCAAAGAUCUUUUUGGCUUGUUCUGCAUGGUGACGCUGAACCUUAUCGCUUUGUUGGCCAACAUUGGCGUGAUGGUGGCUAUCGCUCGCGCCCCACACUUGAAGAGGUUCGCUUUUGUGUGCCACCUUUGCGCUGUGGACCUACUGUGCGCCAUUCUCCUCAUGCCCCUGGGGAUCAUAUCCAGCUCUCCCUUUUUCGGAACGGUGGUGUUCACCGUUCUGGAGUGUCGGGUUUACCUUUUCCUCAAUGUAUUUCUCAUCUGUUUAUCCAUUCUCACUAUCACGGCUAUCAGCGUUGAACGCUACUUCUACAUCGUGCACCCGAUGCGAUACGAAGUUAAGAUGACCAUCAAUUUAGCCAUCGGUGUCAUGUUUCUUAUCUGGAUCAAGUCGGUUGUCCUGGCUUUGUUGACUCUGUUUGGAUGGCCGGCAUACGGGAACCAAAGCUCCAUCGCUGCGGCUCACUGCUCUCUCCAUGCGAGCCACAGUCGCCUUAGAGGAACUUUUGCCGUGCUCUACAGUGUUCUCUGUUUCCUGGUUCCUUCGGUGAUCAUCUUCUCCGUGUACUGCGCCGUGUACAGGGUCGCUCGUUCAGCUGCCCUGCAACAAGUGCCCCCUGUUUCAACGUGGGCCAGCCCAAACCCGGAUAAGAAUCGGUCCGACUCCAUCGGCAGCCAGACCACCAUGAUCGACACCAACCGCUCUCUGCCCCAGAGACUUUCCCCGGAAAGGGCCUUCAGCGGGGGCAAGGCGGCCAUCACCUUAGUGUUCAUUGUGGGCCAGUUCUUGAUCUGCUGGCUGCCUUACUUCAUCUUCCACCUGCAAAUGUCUCUGACCGGAUCCAUGCGCAGCCCAGGAGACUUGGAAGAAGCAGUCAACUGGCUCGCCUUUUCCUCAUUUGCAGUCAACCCGUUCUUCUACGGUUUGCUCAACAGGCAGAUCAGAGAGGAGCUGGUUAAGCUUCGCCGCUGCUGCCUGACCCAGCCGGUGGAUUUUGCCGUUAGCAGCCACGAGGGCUCCCUGCAGGAGAACUUCCUCCAGUUCAUCCAGAGAACCACCAGCACAGCUGAAACCCGCUCCAGUCCCAGAACCACUCUGGACAGCAGGGUUAAGAUCCCAGGGCAAAUACCAGAAGAUCACACUUAGGAUGUCAGUGGAACAUUUUUUCUAUUAUUCUCAAGGCUUCUUUUUGUUGUUUAAUCGGAGUACAGUAAAACAUCCAGGGUGGUCUUUCACAUUUGGCCAGGGUGCUUUUGCUAUAACAAAACUAUUUCAUGAUUGUGAUGGAACUUUUUUUGUUUUAUUAUUGAAAAGAUUAGUGGACAAUUUACCACUUGGCCUGCUUUUCCACUGCACACUUCCCCACACAGAAAAGAAAGCACAAAUAUACCAGGACCCAAAGACAAAAUUGCAUUACACCCCAAAAAAUACUACAGGGUUUAUAACAUUAUUUAUUCACAUUUCCACUCAAACGCCAUCUGCUGGAUGGAACUGCAAGAUGUUUGUGAAGUUCAACUAUUGUUCUUAGUGAUUAGUCCUAAGAAUUGACCGUAAUGGAAAACAACUUGCUUAUAUUGUCAUUGAUGUCAUUAAUUGACCUUUGUGUGUUAAUGUUGCCAGGUAAUGUUGUAACUUCAAUAAAUUCGCACAGUGCAAACACAGCCA